AUGGGAGAUAUAACAGAUUCUUCUGAUUCUCGGCCUCUUGUAUCUCUUCCAGCCAAUUCCAAUCAUCAUCAUGAUUUGAUGAAUGUCCAGUUGUUGCCAACUAAGCUUGAUGGCACCAAUUAUCUGGCUUGGUCUCAUUUUGUGAGAUUAUAUAUUACCGGUAAAGGUCGGAUUGGAUAUUUGACUGGAGAGAAGAAGCAACCAGAUAAUACUGACCCAAAGUUCAUAACAUGGGUUGAAGAAGAUGCUAUGCUUAGAUCAUGGCUUCUCCAGGCUAUGACCCCGGAUAUUAGUCUUGGCUAUAUGCGUCUCGACUCCGCUCAUGCUAUAUGGGAUGCGGUUUCUCAAACCUAUUCUGAGGGAGGUUGUGAUGCCCAAAUUUAUGAAUUGAAACGUCGGAUCCAAGCCACUACUCAGCAAGGUAAGACGUUGGAGACAUAUUUUAAUUCACUCCAGGCUUUAUGGCAGGAACUUGAUUAUUAUCAGCCGUGCGACAUGAAGUGCUCUAACGAUACUGCUGCGUUGAAAAAACGGAUCGAGAAGGAACGUAUUUUUGAGUUCUUGGCUGGUCUUAAUCCGGAUUUGGAUCAAGUGAGAACACAGGUGCUUGGAAAGGAUCCUUUUCCCUCUUUGCGUGAAGCCUAUGCAUAUGUGCGUGCGCAAGCUCUCCGUCGAUCUGCUAUGGUUAUACCACCCUCUUUAGAAGGGUCUGCCUUGAUUUCUACAGCAAACCAUUCGGUUUGGGCGCCACCGGUACAUCAAUCUAGUUCUUCAGCUGCUGUCUCCUCUGGUAAUGUUGCUAAGAGUUCAAAAUCUGAUGAUAAGGAUGCUUUGAAAUGUGAUUAUUGUCAUCAGACCAAGCAUGUGAGAGAGCAAUGUUUCAAGCUCAAUGGUUAUCCACCUUGGUGGCCUGGCAAGAAGGGUGAAAAAGCUGAAGGCAGCAAGGGAGGAGGUGGAAAAGGGGGCCGUUCCAGCUCCAGAGCCUAUCACACAUCUUCUAGUGAUCAGAAUGACCAAUCUACCUCUCAACUCUCUUCUGCUCAAAUGGAACAAAUCGUUCAAGAGUGUGCUCGCUUGCUCUCUGAUAAAGGAUCUAAAGGGGCUUCCGGUUCCUUAGCCACCUCCUCAGGUAACUUUGGUUGUUGUCUUAGUGCAUCUGGUAAGUCUUUCUCAGACUCUUGGAUUAUAGAUACAGGGGCAACUGAUCACAUGACCUCUAAACUUGAUUUCUUCUCUCGUUAUUCAUCCCCUAGUAAGACUUGUGUUACCACUGCCGAUGGUUCACCCACUCCUGUGGUUGGUGAAGGCUCUGUUUUUCUUUCGAAUUCUCUGUCCCUCUCAAAUGUUCUCCAUGUUCCUGGAUUGUCUAACCAUUUAUUGUCAAUAAGUCAGCUUACUAAAUCUCUAAAUUGCUUUGUCACCUUUUAUGACACUCAUUGUGUAAUUCAGGAUCAACGGACCGGGGCAACGAUUGGUCGUGGUAGUGAGAAAGGGGGCCUUUAUCUCUUGGAUGACCCAGCUGGCUAUACUAGUUCUCCCACAGUUCAUGCUCUUCAGUCCGCUACUGACUCAUCCAGGGACAUUUGGUUAUGGCACAAACGAUUGGGACACCCAUCAUUUAUCUAUUUACAAAAAUUGUUUCCUUCUUUAUUGUCUUCGGUUGAUCUUUCUCAAUUUAAGUGUGAAAUAUGCGAACUUGCUAAGCACCACCGUGUUUCUUAUCCAUUAAGUAUUAAUAAAAGUUCUGCACCUUUUGCUCUUGUCCAUAGUGAUGUUUGGGGUCCUUCUCGUGUGUCAAAUUUGUCCAAUUCCAAAUGGUUUGUCACAUUCAUUGACGAUUAUUCCCGACUUACUUGGGUUUAUUUGAUGACUGACAAAAGUGAGGUUUUCUCUAUUUUUCAGUCCUUUCACCGAAUGAUCCAUACACAAUACAAUUCUAAGAUUAAAGUCUUCCGCUCAGAUAAUGGGGGUGAGUACAUCAAUUCUGGUCUCAAAACCUAUUUUUCGGAUCAUGGCAUUAUUCAUCAAAGAUCUUGCAGCUAUACCCCUCAGCAGAAUGGAGUAGCUGAACGGAAAAAUCGCCAUCUUUUAGAAGUUGCUCGUUCCCUUCUUCUUUCCAUGUCUGUACCAAAGUCUUAUUGGGGGGAGGCUGUUCUUACAGCUGCUUAUUUGAUCAAUAGGAUGCCUUCUCAAGUUCUCAAAUUUCAAACUCCCCUUCAGGUGUUCACUGCUGCAUGUUCUCCUUCUACUGUUAAUCAUCUUCCUCCUCGAGUGUUUGGUUGCAUUAGUUUUGUGCAUCUUCAUCAUAGUGGUAAGCUUGACCCUCAUUCCCUCAAAUGUAUUUUUCUUGGCUACUCUGCCACUCAAAAAGGGUACAAAUGUUAUCACCCUCCGUCCAAAAAAUUCUUUGUUACUAGAGAUGUUACUUUUCAUGAGGAACAUGCUUAUUUCUCUCAUCUUAGUUCUGAGACUUCUCUUCAGGGGGAGAAUAUAAGUAGUGAAGAUAAGUCUUAUGGUGUGCCAAUGUUUGAGUUGGAAAAAAUUGAACAAAAUGAAAGUGAAAAAAAUGAUACUGGAAGAGAAGGCAAUUCCUUGACUCUCCCACCUGUUGGUCAUCGUAUGUCACCAUAUGAUUUGGUGUAUACAAAAAGAGAUAAGGUGCCCUUUCAGAGAAAUGAUCAAUCUGCUGCCCCGGUGACAGGUAAUUCAGAGGUAGAAUUUGUUGAACCUUCUUGUUCUUUACUUGAAAAUAACCCUAUAAACUCUGUUCCUUCAAUUGAUAAUGAAUUACCUAUUGCCUUAAGGAGACCACUUCGUUCUUGCCCAUCAAAGUACAAAUAUCCUAUCUCAAAUUUCAUGUCUUCUCAUCGUCUCUCCCCAUGUCUUAAAUCAUUUGCCUAUCAGUUGUCUUCUGUAUCUGUUCCUCAAACAUUGCAGGAUGCACUGGACAAUCCAAGGUGGAAAGAGGCGAUGGAUGAGGAAUUGAGAGCUCUACGAAAAAACUCUACUUGGGAGUUGGUGGAGUUGCCAAGGGGGAAGAAGGUUGUUGGUUGCAAAUGGGUGUUCACAAUAAAACAUAAGGCAGAUGGCUCUGUUGACAGAUACAAGGCAAGGUUGGUGGCAAAAGGGUAUACUCAAACCUAUGGGAUAGAUUACCAAGACACAUUUGCUCCAGUUGCAAAGAUGAACACAAUUCGGGUCCUUUUAUCUUUAGCAGCUAACUUGGGGUGGACUCUUCAACAAUUUGAUGUGAAGAAUGCUUUCCUCCAUGGAGACUUAGAGGAGGAAGUAUACAUGGACAUGCCUCCAGGUAUAGAUGAGACCUCUCAAGGAAAAGUAUGCAGAUUAAGAAAAUCAUUGUAUGGCCUGAAACAGUCUCCUAGGGCAUGGUUUGGUAGAUUCUCUCAAGCUAUGAAAAAGUAUGGAUAUCGUCCUAGUCAAGCAGAUCAUACAUUGUUCCUACGACAUUCUCGGGAUGGUAGGAUUACUAUUGUUAUUGUUUAUGUAGAUGAUAUCAUUAUGACAGGGGACGAUAUAGAGGAGAUCAGUAAGCUGAAAAUACAAUUGGCCAAGGAAUUUGAUAUCAAAGACUUGGGGACACUACGAUAUUUUUUAGGCAUUGAAGUGGCACAUUCAAAAGAAGGAAUCUUUAUCUCACAAAGAAAAUAUGUACUUGAUCUUCUGACUGAAACUGGAAUGUUAGCAUGCAAGCCUGCGGACACUCCAAUUGAACAAAAUCAUAGAUUGGGAGAGCAAAUUGAUGAUACACCUGUUGAUAGGGGGAGAUAUCAAAGAUUGGUAGGGAAGUUGAUAUAUUUGGCUCAUACAAGACCAGAUAUAGCUUAUGCAGUAAGUGUCGUCAGUCAAUUCAUGCACGAGCCACGUGAGGUCCACAUGCAGGCAGUUGAAAGGAUACUUAAAUACUUGAAAUCAGCACCUGGUAAAGGCCUUUUAUUUUCAAAGCAUGAUAACUUUGCUAUAGAAGCUUAUACAGAUGCAGAUUGGGCUGGUUCAGUUUCAGACCGGAGAUCAACCACGGGAUAUUGCACGUUUGUGGGUGGCAAUCUAGUCACUUGGCGUAGUAAAAAGCAAUCAGUUGUUGCUAGAUCUAGUGCUGAGGCUGAGUUCAGGGCUAUGGCCCAUGGUGUGUGCGAAUUAUUAUGGUUGAAAAUUUUAUUUCGAGAUUUGAGGAUUACUAUUCCGGGUCCUAUGAGAUUAUUUUGUGACAAUAAAGCAGCCAUUAGUAUUGCUCACAACCCUGUACAACAUGAUAGAACCAAACAUAUUGAGAUUGACAGACACUUCAUCAAGGAGAAAUUAUCACAAGGAUUGAUUUGCACGCCUUAUGUGAAAACCAAUGAUCAACUUGCUGAUAUUCUUACUAAGGGAGUUUCUAGCAAGGUGUUUGAGUCUUCUUUAGCCAAGCUGGGAAUUCAAGAUAUCUAUUCUCCAGCUUGA